UAGAAAUUCCCGCGCCUUUGGCGCCCGCCUUUCAGUCCCUUCGCUUCCGAGGCGCCGCGCGCCGGGAGCCGGGGGCGAGCCAUGGCUUCCGCGGAGGUCGCGCGGGUCAUGGCGGAGGCCGCCUCGCUGGUGGAGGAGACCUGGAAGGACCUGGCAGGCUCUCCGCGGAAGUCCAAGUCGCCGAGCUCCUUCCGGGAGAGCUUGCGCAAGGGCCAAAGGAAGGGGAAGUGGAACGGACGUGUCACAGACCUCACCAUGAAGGAGUACCGUGACAUGAAGUGGGGCAUGGACGCUGGCUAUCGAGCCGCGCUGCGAGUUGGGCCAAAGUGGAGCUUCCGGGGCUCACUGUCCAAGCCCCUGCGCAUGAACUCCGAUGGCAUGCUAGAUACCAACGUGGCGAAGGCCUAUGAUGCGUGCUACAACAGUGCUCCCAAGGUAACCUUUGGGAAGACACUCAUUGGAGUGAAGGACCCCUUGGCGGACAACCCGGGGCCGCAGUACCUGGUGCCCAGCACCAUGCAGACCAGCGGGCACCCCACCAUUUGGAAGCACGCAGGAGCUUCAAGUUUGGCUCCGAGACACUGCAAGUCACUGACGAGGAUGGCCCGGCACCUGGCCAGUAUGAUCAGGACGCCUUCAAGUACAGUGGCCAGAUUCGGCGAGCGCCCACCUACACCACGCAGGGCAGAGAGGCAUGGCGUGACCCGGUGGCGCCUACCGGGCCGGUGCCUGGGGAGUACAACGUGGAGAAGGCCACCCGGGUCGGCAAGAUCACGCCCAACAAGUGGUCCAUGCGCGGGAAGAUCGAGCCCUUGGUUCCGCCCAGGGGAGAACGGGCUGUGGUAAAGCCUGGACCGGGUCACUACAAACUGCCCAACCUCAGCGACAAGAUCGCCUACCCGGACAAGGAGAAGCCACCGAACUGGAAGUUCGCGCAGGAUCCCAGGGGCCUCUUGGAUACCUGAGCUUAGGACUGCCGACUGCCGCUUCAAGCAGUUCUUUGGAGUUCAACCCCCGGUUCUUGGUGAGAGGCCCUACCUACGCAAAGCCCUGCU